CGAUCAAAAUGGUUUGAGUGACCAUCUUUUAUUCCUAAAAUCCAAAAACAUCUGUUUCUUCUUCCUUCCUUCAAGCUUUCGGCGAUUUUGUUUCAUCCGCAUCUCUGACAGGCAAAUAAGUCACUUGUAUGCUGUUUUCAAGUAAGCUCAAUUCUCUAACAGAACAAGUUUCGAGAUUUGGUAUCGACGACGAAGAUAUGGGACUUGGAGGCAGUGAAAGUGAAACUAUGGAAUGCAAGUGUGGUAUGCCUCUGUGCAUCUGUGUAGCUCCUUCCAAACCAACUAACAAACCAAACCCACCGGCUACUGUUGCUCCUGUGGCGAUUCCUCAGUCAAAGGCGGAGACUUUAUCGAAAAGUAAAGGUUCCACUUCCAGCAGCAGUUCGAGGUCAGCUUUAAAUCCUGGACAAGACAUCCCCCAAAGAGACUAUGAAGCCAGUGGGGAGGGAUUAAGGGAAGCAAUUAAGAAUGGUGAUACUGCUGGUGUUAAAAAGAUUCUAAAAGAGGGCGUAGAUGCGAAUUACCGUGACAAACAGGGAAUGUCAGUGCUUCAUUUGGCUGUCCUAUUUAACAAAACUGAUAUUUCGUUGAUUUUGAUGGAUCAUGGAGCAAGCCUCGACUACAAAAAUGCACAAGGAGAAACACCGCUAGAUUGUGCUCCCGCAACACUACAAUACAAGAUGCAGGAAAAGAUGAAGUCCACUUAACAGCAGGCCUCAUACAGAGGUACAUAUCAUCCCUCAAACCUUUUUCCGAUAAGGGGAAGAUUUGUAAUGGAAAGUUCAGGGGCUCACUUGUAAACUAGUUGCAUCCUGUGUUCAAUUUUUCAUGUUAUGUGAUCUUUGAACCAUCUUCUUCGUCCACUAUGACAUACAAACUCACCUUUUAUUGCAACUAAAAUGUCCAGUUGUUCAAUUUA